CGUCGGACGUCCUUCUGUAACUCUCCUGCUCUCUCCUGCUGGAAACAACACACAACUAAAUAAGUUAGCAGGCAGCAGCGUGGGCACUUUUUAUCUUUAAAAAACUUAUUUUUAACUCUCGUUUAUAAUCUGCGGUAACUGAACCAGAGAGGGAAACGACGCCGAGGUGGGCCACCUGAUCCAGGGAGAGGGAUUUAUUUUCCUUCUGCAUUCCUGAUGGAGUCGUACAGAGUGACUGGCAUUCCUAGCAGCGGACCACAGCGGGGCCACACUCAGCCGUCCCGCCCCUCCAGGCCCAACAGUAAUGGAGCUGGAACAUACGGUCUCAGCAUCCGUGUCCAGGGUAUCGAUGGACACCCUUACGUAGUUCUCAACAACCAAGACAGAGGCCCUCAAUCCCUCAUCGACCCUGACAAUAAUGGGUACAUCGACACAGAGGGCUCUUUUAUUGAGAACUACCAGGAGUAUGAUUUCAGGGGAGGCAAGGAGGCUGGAUCCAUCAGCCCCUUCAUGGAGUACAGGUCUCAGAAGAUGGCGCAAUACUCUGGGCCUCAAAAUGGCAUCACAGAUUCACAGGGAAAGACCCUUUUGAACUUUCAGAAGCACCCUGAGAUACUGCAGCCGUAUGAUCCAGAGAACAACUCCCUGAACAUUGACGGUUUCCACAGCUUGCCUUCAAGAUCUUUGGCUGAGAGUGGGAGCCAGCACCAGAGUUACUCCUCCAAACCUGCUGUCGUUGCACCGUCCAGUGCCAGGGCAUCAAGUCUGGACCGGAAUAAAGCUCCUGCGCAGCAAGAGAAAAGGCAACUUCCAUCCCAGAGCCAGAGUGAGACGGCCCUCACUAAGCCGAGGUCACAGCCCCAGGCUCUGCCCCCAUCCCAGAUCGCUCAGCCUCAGUCGAGGCCGCAAACACAAGUCGCUCAGCCGCAGUCCAAACCUUUUCUCACUAACCUGAAUCCACCUCAGUCCAAGCCAGGCUCUAAAACGCAGCGGCAAACAGCGCCUCCAGCCCAGCUUCAGCCCUCCACCGUGUCAAGUCCCACGAGUGAGCAGAGCAAGACAUCAUCCAGAUCCCCCACUUCUAUGAGUAGCACCAACUCAAGCCUUGAGCGCACCCGCCGCGAGCCUGAUGUCCUUCCUCUCCGCAGGACUGACUCCAGUGGUCCAGUUCUUCAGUCCUCCUCCUCCCGUUCCCGCCACUCCUCCGGGUCUUCCAUUUCUAAGACUCUGUUGGACGAACAGAUGGAUGCCCUGUACUCAGACUCCAUCAACCGCCACGAGAACCGCCGCUACAUCCCUUUCCACCCAGGUUCAGGCAGAGACAUUGACACAGGCUCCAUCCCUGGUGUCGAUGAGCUCAUUGAGAAGUUUGAUGGCAAAGAUGGCAGCCACCAGCGCAGGGGCAGGGCAGGGCGCAGGAACAGGAUCAAUCUCGAGGACAGGAAGCGCUCACGCAGUGUGGAUAGCGCCUUCGGCCUGCGAGAUGGCUCUAGCUAUUCGGACGGGUUUAGCCGCCAGCGAGGCACAUCAAUGGAGCAUGUCUUGCGGCCCUCACAGCUACGGCUGCAGAAAACAGCUGGCGGUCAGGACUCCUGGGUCACGUCUGUGGAUGGUAAGGGUGAUUCCAGGGCUUCAUCUCGUGUCGCCAGCGCGCCCGGCUCCCCCCAGAGCACCAUCUCUAAAGGUGUCGGCGCCAUUCAGGGUUACAGAAAGCCAGAGACUCGCACUUCUUCACAGCCAUUCAAGACUAAAGAGAAUGAGGACAGUGCCUCUUCAGCUGGAAAGGUUUCGACAACAUCACUGUCAACAUCGCUGUCCAAACCGUCUACCACUGCGGACAAAAAGCUCAGCUCAGAGGCCGACGUUCAGACGACACCUGAUCUCUUGAGAGGUCAGCAAGAGCUUUCACAACAAACACAUGAAGAGACAGCAAAACAGAUCUUGUUUAAUUACCUUAAGGACGGAAGCAACGAUAAUGAUGAAACGACAAAGCGAAAGGUCAACCUUGUCUUUGAGAAGAUACAGACGUUGAAGUCUCGGGCCACGGCGAGUGCACAAAGUGAUAACAAACCCCUUGACUUCUCUGCACAGACCAAAGCUCUGCAGGAGCAAAAUGAUGAACUGGGGAAAGAAAUAAACGACCUGAAGAGAAAACUUGAGGAACAAACCAUGAAGAAUCAGGCUGACAAGAGGGCAGUUGCAGGUUUGAAGGAGCUGCAGCAGGAGCUGGAGCGGAGUGCAGAGGAGUGCAAGCGUCUGAGGGAAAAACUAGCCAAAACAGAGGUCGAGCUCCAGACCACAGUGGAAGAGCUGUUCCAGGUGAAGAUGGAGAGGGAGCAGUACCAGACAGAGAUCAGAGACCUGCAGGACCAGCUGUCAGAGAUGCAUGACGAGCUUGACUCGGCCAAGAGGGCUGCCACAGAUGGAGAGAAAGACAUCAUUAUGGCGGACAUGAUGCAACUGAAGGUAGAGAUGCAGGAAGUUCUUCUGGCCAAGGAGGACCAAGAGGAGGUGCUGAGGAGGCGAGAGAGGGAGCUGACAGCUCUGAAAGGAGCCCUGAAGGAGGAAGUGGCCGCUCACGAUCAGGAGGUGGACAAGAUGAAGGAGCAGUACGAGAAGGAAAUAAGCAAGCUGCAGACGUCUCUGGCGGAGGCCAAGCAGAGCAGCGCAGCAGUGGUCCGUGAGAAGGCUGAAGUGGAGGCAGCCAAGGGUGCAGCCGAGGGCCAAGCAGGACGGCUGACCCUAGAGACCGAGCGGCUGCGCAGGCGGGCACAGGAGCUGGAAAAUGAGGUGGCCAAACUCAACCGCAUCAUCGAUGAGGCCAAGCUACAGGAGAGCAGGCAGGGGGACAGAGCCGGCCGACUAGAGAGAGAGAAAAAGCAGUUGGAGGAAUCUUUGGCUGAAAUUAAGGAGCAAGAAGAGGAGAUGUCUCGUGCCAAUCGAGCGUUGACCAUUCGGUUAGAGGACGUGCAGAGGAACUUUUCCAAACUGAGCACUGAACACAAGGACCUAGAGGAGAGGUUACAAGAGGAGAAGAUUCAGAAGGACCAGUUCAAGCGCAUGAAGAACGACAUGGAGGAUGAGAGGAAGCUGCUGGACCGCACAGUGGAGAAACUACAGAAGGAGAUGAAUGAUAUCGUGGAGGCGUCCCAGUCGUCCACUCUGGAGCUCCAAGAGCAGAUUAAUAUUUACAAAGAGAACAACCGUCGGGAGCUGACAGAUCUGCAGAGGCUUCUGAAGGAGCGAGGACAGGAGCUGGAGCAGUGCCUACUGGCUACCCAAACCCUACAAGACGAGUUGUCACUACGUGAGGAGGACUUGCGGCAGUGUCAGAGGGAGCGAGACGAGGCCCUGCUCAGGGAGAAGAUGCUAAAUGACAAGGUUCAUGAACUGGAGGAGGAGGCUGAGACAAAAGCCAACGCUAAAGAUGACAAAGCUCGACAUGUCAAACUCAUGGAGGACAGAAUCGCUCAGCUGGAGUUAGACCUGGAGGAGGAGCGUCAGAGUGGAGACCAGCUGAUGGACAGGAUAGACCGAGGAAGAGUACAGGUGGAGCAGAUGAGGAAUGAACUCCUGCAGGAGAGGGCUAGCAGACAGGACCUGGAGUGUGACAAGAUGGCUCUGGAGAGACAGUCCAAAGACCUGAAGAGCAGAGUGGCUCAUUUAGAGGGUUCCCACAAGUCCAACAAAGAGGGCCUGGUAGCCCAGCUGGAGGGUCGCAUACAGGAGCUGGAGGAGAGGCUGGAGGGAGAGGAAAGGGAGCGUGCCAACCUGCAGCUGGCGAACCGCAGGCUAGAGAGGAAGGUAAAAGAGAUGAUGAUGCAAGGUGAAGAAGAGCACAACUCAUUGCAAGAUCAAAAGGACCAAUUGAACCUGCGUCUAAAAGCCUUGAAGCGGCAGAUGGACGAGGCUGAAGAAGAGAUCGACCGGCUGGAAAACGGCAAGAAGAAGCUGCAGAGGGAUCUGGAUGAGCAGGUGGAGGCCAACGAGCAGCUGCAGAGCCAGCUCAAAACUCUGCGGAGUGAGAUCAGGCGUAAGGGCAACUCCGCUCCACUGCUCAACACGCUGGACGACGAUGACGACGACGAUGACAUCAGCACCGACGGGGAGACGUACUUCAGCUCGUCUCUGGGAUACAAGCGCUCCUCAAGUCAGGACAACAUCUUGUCCACCUUCACUUUGUGAACGAACCCUGAGGUGGAGGAUGAAGCUGCUUUAAAUGCAUCACUGCUGGAACAAACAGCUGGAGAUCUGUGCCAAAACUGUAGAUAUUACACCAAAACAUCUGUGCGGUGAAUCCUGGGCACGAUCUCGAUGUAAUUCACUCAGUAUUAUUUGAGCAGCUCUGAUGGAUGAAAUCAGAACAGUCUUUGUAUUAGAGCGUCCUGUAGAAAUUAAAUGUACAUACUGUUUAAUUUUUAUAUUCCCACUUUAAGUCUUAUGUAAAUUUGUCCGUUCUAUUCUGAGUGGAUUUUACUUUAUUAACAAAUGGAUUACACGUGAUUAUCUUAGCGUUAGUAAACUUGAAAACGCACUCUUUAAUGCACUGUAAAACAACGCAACCAGUACUGCCUUUUGUGAACAAUAUGAGGUUAUUAAUCCUCACUUUUUUAUGCCUAUCAAAUAUGUUAAAUUUUCAUACAGUAUCUGAAUAUUAAUUUGUAUAUCAUUCAGUCAAAUAAAAUAUAUUUACCUUUUUUAAUGAAUUAAGAUCAAAUCCAAGUAUAUGAAGUGAGGAGUGCCAGGAUGUUUUUUUUUAUUUAUUCAUGGUUGAAUACACAAAAUCCUGGCUCAGUGAGGGUUUUAGGGACCAGUAAAUGAGGGACUUUGUACACAUCCAUUUUUAUACAGUUUUUAUACAAAAAAUAGAUCAUGAAAAUAUUAUUAACAGGCAUUUGUUGUAAUUUUAUUACACAGGUUAUUCCAAAUAUUAGAGACAACACAGUAUUGUUUUUACAUCAACUGGAAAGGGCUGCUUCAUGCAAUCAAGACAAAACCUAAAUUAAAUUUCUGUAGUCAGCACUGGACUAAGUCACACAUAUCAAAACCAUUACAUCUCUUUUCACUGGAAACACUUUGAUUUAACUUCAUCUCUGGGGAUUUCUCUCAUGAAUGGGGCAGUGUGGAUACUGAACACAGCCUACGUCUUUUUGUUUAACGUCAUACUUGUGUGUUGAAAGCCUCGUACGUGUUUCCUCCAAUUUUCUUUGAACUGAAUGAGGGAAUUUCUUCUGAUGAGCAAAACUGACAUUCGAUGUUUUGCUACACUGUGAUGAUUUGCACUCUCUGUUGGCUCUACGCUGAAUAUGUCCUCGUCUGACGCCUGUGGAGGGGGAGUGGAUUGAGACAAAUUGCUGCCACUACCUCUCUGUACACAUUUGUAUGAUCAUAAAUCCUGCUGAGACUAAAAUAAAGUUACUUCCAGUUA